AUGAUUUGGCUGAUAGUGCUCCUGAUUCUCGGCUUGGUAGCUGCUCCAGCUAGCCCUGAGAUCGUAGAGCCAGGACCGGACUCUGGAAUUGUGUUAAGGGAUCAGCCUGGACUCCUGAUAACAGACUGUCGCCUGCACACACAGAAGGUGUUUGUCAGGCUCAACCCUAAGGAAGUCCUCAAGAAAAAUGUUCCGGUAACAGCUCAACUGACCAGUUGGGCCGGGACACAUUGGAGUAGACAGGUCGUAAAUCACGCCGAGUUGGACAUUACUUACAUGUUAGAGCAACUUCAGAAAUUCACUGUCACUCAAACAGAGUUAAGUGGUACCAACAGGAGGUCCAAGCGUUUUAUCGGAGCACUGCUCACCGCAGCCUCGGUUGUUGGCUCUCUUUUUGGUGUUGGGCUCUCCUCUGUUAACGCAAUUAGCUUAGCUGCCGUCAAACGCCAUGUGGGUGAGCUAGAAGCCGAAAUCCCAGACAUCAGGGCUCAGAUAAACAGACAGCAGACACAACUGCAGACUAUUGGUCAAACAGUCAAGGGCACCGUUCUGGUGGUUAACACCCACACAGAAGUCCUGAAUAAGACGCUGCGUGCUGUAAAUUCUUUGUUGUCGGUGGUCCAGGUCGACUAUGCUCACACAAUGCUAUUGAAUAUGCUCAUGUCAGACAUGUUGCAAGAAAUAUCAUCCUCAAUAGACAGCUUGGCUGCAGGCCGGAUUCCUCCGUACUUGGUACCUCUCUCAUUGGUUCAGGAUUUACUAUCAACUGCAACCAGAGAGGCCACCACUCCUUUACAAGCCCACCUCGCGUAUACCCUAGGUAGCGCUGUGCCGAUCUACGUUAAUCCAGAAGAUCGAGAAAUUGCUUUCCUUAUUAACUUACCAAUUAUAGCAUCAGGAAGCAUCUAUAGGCUAAAGGAUGUAGUCAAUGUCGGGUUUUGGAAAGAGGACACACACCUCCAAAUUCAGACCCCACCAGUGGUCGCUUACCACGACAGCAAUCCUGACCUAUAUCUAGCUCCUAACCUGCGUAUGUGCACACGAACCACAGACAUACACUACCUCUGCCCCAGUAAACCAUUUGUGUGGGACAGUACUAAUGGCCUCUGCGGCCUUACGCCCAUGGUGGCCGACACCAAGUGCCCUACUACAGCGAGACACCGCUCACAAGUGACUGUAACGCAGGCCGAAAGAGUGGGCCACCGUUGGUUAGUUAACACCCCCAGCAAGACUGCCAUUGUAAAUUACGACCAGCACGAUACUGCCACACACAUUUCUCUACUGGAUCAGACCAUGUGGAUUGAGGUGCCACCAAAUGCCAUUCUCCAUAUAGAUGACAUUGCCCUCUAUUACCUCAACCCUGAGCAAUUCGAAACAGAGAUUGAAGUGCCAGCUUUUUUCAGCAAGCAUACGCUGCAGUUAGAUCCAAACACUAUUUCUCAAAUCCAAUAUGCAGGUACUCAGAUCAUUGACCUAACGCCUGUAGAUGACGUCCUUAUAGACAUAAGGUCCCAAGAGAAGUCCCCGCUGCAACCUAUAGUCUAUGUUUGGUCCACCCCAGACACCCUACUAGCAGCCGCCAUAGUGUUAGGGUAUCUCCUGACCUUCGGGUUAACCUUCAUCUACGUCAAACGUGGUAAAGCCCUACAGUACAAAAUAGACCAGUGUGUAACUAGGUUACGACUCCGUAGACAACCGGAAACGGAACAGGGAGUUGAACAGCCAGAGGAAGACCAGGUGAGCCACAUGCUGGAGGUGUAGUCAGCUUCCUGUAACCCUGCACCCAUAGAUUUAGUAGGCUUAACACAUACAGUAGAUCUAACGAAGUAGCUAGUUCUGAACGAGACGCAUCACCCUCCUUGGACUAACUGCUGCUUCCACCUGGUCGUCUCAUCUCGUCGUCCCAAUGGCUCCUGGAGCUGCCAUCGAGACGAAGGGGGGAUUUGUAACGAGACAACUGCUUUCUGCUAUCCACAUUGAAUCCACCCCUCAAAGGAAUGCAGGCUCCCCUGAUUUGGACAGGAAAUGGGGGAGAAACGGUUUGCACACCAAGUUCCCAUUUACGACCCAGGCAACCAUUUGGGAGGUGAUAGUGAAUCUUUAACGCUUCCCAAAAAGGACAAGUUGCUUAUCAACCACACAGACCCAUAAACACGGAGUCUCUCACCCUGGCUGGGAAAGAUCAGAAUUGACACUUCAGGAUUAACCCAAUGACCUAAAAGGGAAAACAAGCCAGUUGGCGCCAAAUCCGAAAAACCAGAUACCUGCCAUAAAAUUCCUUGGCUUUCUUUACAGAGCAGAAGGAAGAUGAUGCCUGAAAAUGGUUUAACUUCAUGUUUAAUGGACACUUCACCAGAAUUUUCUGUCUGUACACCACAUUCUUAAUGAAAUGGUCUUUUUCACAAUUCUGUAACAUAUCCACAAGCCAAACUGUUAACUUCACAAAUUUAUUCCAGGUUUUUCCAUGGACCAAGAGCUCCUCCUAGUGGUGAUGCCUGAAUAUGGUUUGAUCAGAGCCAAAUGGCAGGAAUCUAAUCAUGUGUAUUUCUUCCCUUUUGUUUUAUACGCUGCGUAGCUUAGUAAAUGGUAUUCCCAAGAUAGGCUAGUAGUUUUAGAAGUAGUAACGUGAAACUCGUUUAGACUCAGGUUAAGAGUUUCUGAAUGUAUCCAUACUAUGUUUUGUCUACCUCACACAAUUAUAUAUAUUAGUCAUCUAUGAAGCUUGAUUGACAAGGUUAUAGUGUUGUCAAAUAUUAUUACGUAUGUGUUUCGUAUGCUGGAUUGUGUUUCUGUUCGAAUAGAUAAUUUGUUUUCUGUCCCUCUCUAACUUCUAAAAGUCGUAAAAUCCCCUGUUUUUAUCAAGAAGACGGCUGAUCAAAAGUUUACUGGUUUCAAUGUCAUGCUUUAAUGCAUCUGCUCAUAAGAAACAAUGAAGUGAAAUGUGAUUGUAUGUGAUGUUACAAACAGUUUAAUCAUAGUGAGUGAGUAAAUUAGAUCUAGCUCGCUUUUACUAUCAAGUUGAGUUAAUUCGCUGCCAGUCGAUGGGCUGCAUUGGGGAGGUCCCCCCCUUUUCUCAUCUUUGGUUCACGCCUACGGUGAAUCGCUUAAAAGAGUUGAGAUUUUGCCGCUCUUCAGUCUUGUUUUUCUUCAGUCUUCUUUAGUCUUGUUUUGUUUUAGUCUAGUUUGUCUUCUUCGUAGUUUUCUUUGUCUCCGUCUAUAGUUCGCAAUUUUCCCCGCGUUUUUAUUAAUUGCCUUAAGCUCAGAUUUUUCUUUGAAACUUGGAUGAAACAUGCCCAAGUUAUUUAAAGCCUCAGUAACAAGCUGCGCGCAUAAGAGAACCUCAGUCUAAGUCUUUUUAUUUAUUUUUGUUCGCUAAGGUGACUCCUGAAGAUAAUAUCGGCUGGCCAGCGAAAUUAUUUUAUUAAGUUAUUGGCGCGAAUUAAUCUGCAACCAAGCUAGUCCUGAACGCCGACCAGCAUCAUCUGCCGAGCUGCUUUGCCACCUGGUUCCGAGAGGCCCAGAGAUCCGAAGUAUCUAACGGCGCUGACACGGUCCUGAAGCUGAGAUCCAGACACGGCGGAAGAACUCCCCGCCGAACCUUCAGUAUCCGGUCCGGUAGCCACAGAACUUCAGCCGAUCCAUUCCAAGAGUGCCGCUGAGAACCGACGUCCAAAGUAGGCUAAAUCCUCGAAAUUGCUGUGAUAAGAGCUGGGUGAUGCCGUCAACCGUUCAGUAGCUUACUCUCAUAAGUUAUAGUUUAGUUCUCCAAAUUCCUUUUUAAUUUACCCUCGUAACCCCGUUAACGUAGGUUAAAUUUCCCUUUAUUCACUCACUAUUAUUAACCUCCAGUCUUAGGUUUAACUUAAACCAUUCCUUCGUUUAUUCAUUAGAUGUGCUUUGAUUUGCUCAUUAUUUGCUCAUCAUUUAUUGACGUUUUGUUAUCAUAUAGCUUGUUAAUAAAUUGUCCAUUUAAUUUUAAGUUGUCGUCUUAGUGGUCUUUCAGAAAGUAGUCCCUGAAUGAAGAAUUCCGGCCUCAGAUGAGAGACUGAUUUAAAUCUGUUUAAGACUGAUCCAACGUUUAAUUACUCAAUUGAACUUUGUUUCGUCCUUUUCCCACCAGAAAGGUGGGUGGUGCCCCUUCAACGAGUGCAUAAAUGUCAUAAUUUAAUUUGAUUAAUUUUCGACAUUUAUUUUGAAUUUGAAAUCGCUACACCCAUGGAGGAGGAAAUUGCUUAACUGAAGGAGCUGGUCGCCCAGCUGCAGGCGGAGAAUCAACGCAUGCGUCAAGAGUGGCAGUCCAGUCUUCCUGGGCCCAGCACCUCAAGCUCAACUUCAUCUGGCCCCCCUACAGUUAACAAUAUGGUAACUGAAAGACUGGUUUACCUUCCUCGGGAGAGAAAAUGUCCCAUGUUUAGGGGCAGGACUGGAAUUAGCAUUGUUGAGUGGGUGGAAGAACGUCCAUGCUUGCACCCGUGCUAGAAAUAUGUCCACAGUUGAGCAAGCACUUUUCCUUUUUGACCAUUUAGAGGGGGAAGCCAGAGAAGAGAUUAAAUACAGACCGCAGCAGGAACGGGAAGAUCCAAACAAGGUUUUGGCUAUAUUACAGGAACUGUAUGGGUGUUCAAGGCCUUAUGUGUCUUUGCAAGAGGAGUUUUUCUCUAGAAAACAACAAGAUGGGGAAACAUUGCAAGAAUUUUCACAUGCUUUAUUGUGUCUAAUGGACAAGGUUGAUAAAAAGACACCAAAUUUUCUUCCUAACAAAGAUGUGUUACUGAGAGACCAAUUUGUUGAACAUGUUGUUGAUUGCUCCCUUCGCAGAGAACUUAAGCAAUAUGUCAGAAGCCACCCUACAGCCAGCCUGAUAGAUGUCCGCAGUGAGGCCAUUAGGUGGGAGCAGGAGGGAUUGUCCACCAGUGGGAGGGGUAGAAGCCACUCUGUUGAAAACCAAAGACAUUAGGCACAAACUGUUCAGCAAGGGUACCCCAAUCAUAGCCAGGCAGAUAGCUCCUUCAAUUCUGAGUUAGGUGAGCUAAAGGAAAUCCUUAAAAACCAGCAAGAGCAACUGAAUAAGCUAACUCAAAGUUUAGCCACCUUAAACGAUGUUCAAAACACCCAACCAAAUGGCCGCAGGAAAAAUGUCAUCUGUAGGAGGUGUCAUAAGCCUGGCCACUUUGCUAGGGAGUGUGAGGAAGAGUUCCCAACCCCACAGCCUCCUGUUCAUUCAAUGCAGUUUCGCUCUAAUGGUAGACAGCCCUCUCAGAACCAGGGAAACUUUCUCCCCCUGAACCGUUGAGCCAAAGUUCAGGUGGGGGCCCCUUAGGCUCAGACUCUGCUGCUAAUAAUCCUGAUAACUUGGUGUCAGUCUGCCCAACCUUAGCUGUACUUAUGGGGGGAGUUUCAGUUCCAUGCCUGGUUGAUACAGGUUCAAUGGUGUCAACUAUAACUGAAAGUUUCUUUGCUCAACAUUUUGAACCAUGGGGUCCAGACAAACUCCAGUGUUGUAAUUGGUUGAAAUUGAGUGCAGCUAAUGGCUUGGCCAUACCGCACGUUGGAUACCUGGAGUUAGAUGUUCAGCUUUGUGGCAGAGUCGUAGCAAAGCGAGGUGUUUUGGUGGUCAGGGAUCCCCCACACAGUGAACAUUCAGUUCCAGGUGUCCUUGGUAUGAACAUCAUAAAGGAAUGUUACCAGGAGUUGUUUGUACUUCAUGGCCCUGCUCUGUUUAACUUACCUUCUGUGUUGCAGGCCCCUAUCCAAGUUCAGCAGGCCUUUCAAAAGUGUCACCAGGCCCAAGCAGCUGCCCCUUCUGGUCAUUCCAGUCGGGUCAAGGUGAAAGGUGGGAGGGUUUGUAGAGUUCCUGGGGGUUCUCUAAAAAUUGUGGCAGCCACCUGCUCUCAGCAUCACCUUGGGGAAGUUUUGUUUGAGCCCCUUAGCACAGGUUUGCCUGCAGGUCUGCUAGCAUCCCCAGCACUUGUUCAGGUGAGUAGAGGCACAGCUUACAUCCCUGUUGUAAAUGUUGGAAGCCAGGAUGUUGUACUGUACCCGAGAACCGUUCUUGGCACCUUGAGUAAUGUUCACCUUGUAAGCUCGCCCACAGGUCUGGUAGAGGGGGAAGUAGCAGCCACAGUUUCCUCUCAGUCAGCGACCAGUUCAGUGCAGGAUAAGGUUGAUGCAUUUGAUUUAACAGCCCUUACAGAACAGGAACAAGUACAAGUCAGGUCCUUUUUGCACAAGUACAGUGGUGUCUUUUCUUCACAUGAAAGUGACAUAGGAUGCACAAACCUCAUUUCUCAUGACAUACCUUUAGUGGAUGAGGUCCCAGUACGUCGGAGAUACAGACGCAUCCCCCCUUCAGAGUAUGAGGCAGCAAAGGCUCACAUUCACCAGCUUUUAGAGGCUCAGGUUAUUAGAGAAAGUAGUAGCCCCUUUGCCUCUCCUAUUGUGUUGGUGAAAAAGAAAGAUGGUAGCCUCCGGUUGUGUGUGGACUACAGGCUCCUCAACAGCAAGACCCGAAAGGAUGCGUUUCCUCUGCCCCGCAUAGAGGAAUCCCUCGACGCUCUCUCAGGUGCCCAAUGGUUUUCAACCUUGGAUCUAGCUGCUGGAUAUAAUCAGGUAACAGUGACUGAAAAGGACAAAAUGAAGACUGCAUUUUGCACCCCAUUUGGGUUGUUUGAGUGGAACCGCAUGCCAUUUGGGUUAUGCAAUGCACCAAGUACCUUCCAGAGAUUAAUGGAGAGAAUCUUUGGAGAUCAGCAUUGUCAAUCAUUGUUACUGUACCUGGAUGAUGUGGUUGUGUUCUCUUCCUCUGUAGAGGAGCAUGUGAAACGCUUGGAUGUUGUGCUGGGUCGCCUGCAAAAGGAGAAUCUCAGAGCCAAGCUGGAGAAGUGCACAUUCUUCAAACCAGAGGUGAGCUACCUUGGCCAUGUAAUAUCCAGGCAUGGUGUAUCUACAGACCCUGACAAAAUAGAAGUGGUGUCAAAGUGGCAGCGCCCUUACCAAGUCUCGGAGCUGCGGUCUUUCAUGGGAUUUGCCAGCUACUACCGACGCUUUAUUGAAGGUUUUGCUAAGCUGGCUGCCCCCUUGCAUCACCUAGUGGCUGAGUUGACAGGAACAAAAUCUAAAAGACCAACAGGAAGGAGUCUGAGUGCUGCAUGGACUACAGAGUGUGAGCGGAGCUUUGAAGAACUCAAAACACGGUUAGUGACUGCUCCUGUUUUAGCCUAUGCUGACUUCAACUUGCCCUUCAUCUUGGAGGUUGAUGCUAGUUAUAGCGGGCUGGGUGCUGUCCUUUCACAAGAACAGAAUGGGAAAGUUCGACCCGUAGCUUAUGCCAGCCGAGGUCUCAAACCCACGGAGCAUAACAUGGACAAUUAUAGCUCCAUGAAAUUGGAGUUUCUGGCUUUGAAAUGGGCCAUGACAGAAAAAUUCAGAGACUGUUAGGACAAAAGUGUAUGGUGUACACGGAUAACAACCCCCUCAGCCACCUAUCCACAGCAAAACUAGGAGCAACAGAGCAACGCUGGGCAGCACAACUGGCUUCAUUUGACUUCACCAUAAAGUAUCGGCCUGGUCGAAUUAACAAAAAUGCAGAUUCCCUCUCCAGGCAGCACCCAGUCAGCAGAACUUCAGGCUGUGAACCUCAUGGCCUCCCAGUUCCAGAGCAGUUGCAGCAGGCUAUUGAGUCAGGCCAGGUAACAAGAGCCACUCAGGCCACCAUUUCAGCAUUCCCCUCUCUCACUGACUCUGAUUUGUGUGCAUUGCAGGAGGCUGAUCCAACAAUCAGUGACUUUCUUCUGUUUUGGAGCAGAGGAAGGGGCCCUAAUGCAGCAGAAAGAGAGAAAGCCUCAAAGGAUGUCCUGACAUUGGUGAGACAAUGGAGCCGUAUAGAAGAGAGAAACGGCAUUCUUCAUCGCAGAGUCUGUCAUCCCAGGGGAGAGGAGGUGUUGCAGCUGGUGCUACCACAGUCUCUAAAAAGUGAGGUUCUGCAUCAAUUACAUCAUGAACAUGGACAUCAAGGUGUGGACCGCACAACAGAUCUGGUCCACCAGCGGUGCUAUUGGCCUAGAAUGCACCAGGACAUCAAAGAAUGGUGCCAAAAGUGUGAACGCUGUCAGGUGGCAAAGCAGACUCAACCCACUGCCUGUGCAUAUAUGGGACAUUUACUGGCAUCCCGGCCAAACCAGAUCCUCGCCGUGGACUUCACUAUCCUGGAAUCAUCAAAGAACGGGUUUGAGAAUGUCCUUGUUAUGACAGAUGUUUUCUCCAAGUACACCCAGGCGGUCCCAACCCGAGACCAGCUAGCAUCAACAGUGGCUAAGGUCCUCAUCAAUGACUGGUUCUGCAGGUUUGGUGUACCUGGGCGUAUUCACUCCGACCAAGGCAGAAACUUUGAGAGCCACCUCAUCCAACAACUCUGCAGCAUGUAUGGGAUAGAGAAGAGUCACACCACCCCCUAUCAUCCAGCUGGUAAUGGACAAUGUGAACGUUUCAAUCGUACACUACACAACCUCCUACGCACUUUACCAGUAACCAAGAAAAGGGAUUGGGCCAGCUACCUACCUCGGGUGACCUUCUCCUACAACACCACACCACAUCAAUCCACCGGUGAGUCCCCAUAUUUUCUAAUGUUUGUACAAGACCCUCACUUACCUGUAGAUUUCCUUCUGGGCAGAGUACCUGAACCCACAGCUGGCAGCACUCACGCCUGGAUCACAGAGCAUCAAACCCGACUCCGACAUGCAUUUGAGGCAGCUAGACAGCAUCUGGAGGCAGCAGCUGAAAAGCGUAAACAGAACUACGACCGACAUGUGAAGGAUGCUCCCCUACAAGAAGGCAAGCUUGUUUUCCUGAAGGAUGUUGGAGCAAGGGGGCGGCACAAGAUCCAAGACAUCAGGGGCCCAAUACUCUACAAAGUACUUAAGGCUCCAGCCGCUGGAGGAUCAGUGUACACCAUCGCUCCUGCUGACAACCUCGACCAAGUGAAGCAUGUCCACCGCUGCCUGCUGAGAGGUAAAGUGGAUAGUGUGACCGACUGCAACCCACCAGAGACCCCCCAAGUGGCUGAACCUCCUCCCCAGAAUGAAGCUUCAGCAGAUGGUGAAUGGUUUGUUGUGAUUCCUGAGGUAACCCCAGCAACAAAUCAACCUUUACCAACUCAGGCCCCCUUAGCAGCUCCCACAGAAGAUGCUGUACCACCACCUGCUCCUCAAGACCCUCAGCAGCAGUUGGAGGAGACAAACCCUAUAGCUCACAGUGGAGCAUCCCAGCGCAGGACCCCUCGCACAAAUGCUGGCCAACACCCGAACCCACAUCACCUCCCUCAGGCAGCACAGAGUAGGGCAAUAGGGGCUACGAACUCUCACACUCCCGGGCAUACUGCCUUUGUCUUUAGGCCAUGGCAGUAA